AUGAAUCCAACUUCUCCAACACACUCUCCACAGAGCCCCUCAACUACAAAUCUACAAACCACACCCAGCCAUCGCCCAAGCCCGCGCCAACCCCAGAGCUCAGGCACACCACCCAACGGCUCCGCAAACGCCCCGAUUCCAGAUGAUGACCAUGGCGCCGAUCUACCGAUGAAUAUGUCCGCAUCGGUCAUGCUAACCAAUUUACCCCGUGAUGCGCACCAGGCACUCGCCGACGUGGAGAGUAUUGAUUCGGGGAAAGUUACUGUUCGCUUCCAGCCUCUGCCGUCAGCACCGAUUCUGAAAAACCGCGUGUUCAAGGUUAGCGCUUCUCAGAAAUUCGAAACGGUUGUCAAGUUUCUGCGUAAGAAGCUGGACUGCAAAGAGACCGAUUCUGUCUUUUGUUAUGUUAAUAGUGUGUUUGCGCCGGGGCUGGAUGAAGGAAUGGGUGGACUAUGGAGGUGUUUUAAGACGGACGACCAAUUGAUCGUCGCUUAUUCAAUGACGCCAGCAUUCGGCUGA